ACCAUUAUUUUGCUGGACGCCAUUUUGUAACAACAGGAUUCAGUAGAACAUCAAACAAAACUUGUUCUGUCUUUCUUGAUUGAAAUUUUAGCAUUGAUCGCUGUAAAAUAUGGCAUCCAAGAAGGCAGAGAGACCAGAAAUUAACUUCGUGCAUCAAAAUGCAAUUUUAUGCGAAACAAUCCAGAAAGAACAGCGUAAUCAGCAGCUGUACACCAACUACAGCGUCAACCCGUUCAAGAAAAUGUACACAUUAACUGGAAAGCCGAAUUCUGUGCAUGAUUCUGCGGACGGCGAGGAAGAUGAUAAUUUUUUAAAGGUAAUCAAAAGAGCACACCAGACUCCCGUAGAAAAGUUUGAAUUCCCACAAACAUCGUCACAAGAAUAUGGAUGGAAUACUGCACCUCUGAUUGAUAAGACCUGGUAUGACGAGCGUCUUCACCAUCCACGUACACAUUCUGAGAUCACGAAAUACAUGGAUGCAGCAUGGAGAGUAAAAGAACAGUCUGAAAAUAUGAACUAGAAUAAUUGAAGAUUUAAUAUUUUAUAUGAUAUGCUAUUUGUUUGUGCAGCCAUUGUUCAUACCAAGUGUCAUUCAUAUGAUGUAUAUUUCAUUAGCGUCGAAUAUUUUGUUUUCGUUGACCAAAGGAAAAUAUUAAUAACAAACUGAUUGAAGCUAAUGGCUUGACAAAGCAAUCAGAGCUAGAAUUUGAUGAGGACCAAAUUGUAAUUAAGCAAAAGGAAACAAAGUUGUUAGAAGAUUGUUUGAAAAUGGUUAUGUUUUGAACAAGUGUAUAUGUCAAAAGACAGAAGAUAUUUAAAAACUUGUUUUGCAUGAA